UACUAGCUUAAUUGGAUGAAAGUAACUGAAUUAUGACAGUCGAUCCACAUUGCUUGGUGAACGCUCAAAAUCUUGGUUAUUUUAUACACUGCAAGCAUGUACGUAGUCACCUAUAUAUACGGGCAUGUCUAUAGGCAAAGAUAGAUAAAUGAGCUCAGCCUUUCAGCUUCUGCAUGCAGUAGUGCUGAAACACACACAUUCACAUUACUCCCUUUUUCUUUUUAUUAAUUUAUGUGCAAGUUGACACACGUUGCCAGGAAUUUGCCUCCAUAAAACCUCUUCCAAGCUAAGUUCCUUUCCACUUUCUGAACAACUCAGAGUCUUUUCCUUGAUUCUUGAAAUUUUGCUCACAUUCCUCACCCAAUUUGAAAGUAACGUUUCAGCACUAUUACCGCUACACAGUCAUUUUCUAUCUGUUCAUACGAAACUUUGAAACUAAUGGCAUCGCUAUCAACCCGUGUGCCUUUGCCACUACUUGUAUUUUACAUGACACUUGCAUUAUUAUUUUUAUGUAGCCAUGUUGUUACUGCUAGGUACCAUCACCACGGUCAUCGUGGCCACCAUAAUAAGAAACAACACAAUAAGCAUAAUUCUCACAUAUCUUACCCGCCUUCUAUUUCACCCGAGCCUUCUAACUCGCCUGGUGAUGAAGGUGUUUAUGAUGUGAGGUCGUUUGGAGCAGUGGGUAAUGGCAUUGUGGAUGAUACUGAAGCUUUUAAGGCUGCCUGGGAUGCUGCUUGCCAAGUUGAGUCAGCAGUCAUCCACGUUCCCGUUGGUUACUCUUUCAUGAUCCAAUCCACUAUUUUCACUGGUCCCUGUCAAAGUGGUUUGGUGUUUCAGUUGGAAGGAACCAUAAUGCCGCCAGAUGGACCGGAGUCGUGGCCGAGCAACAAUAGCAAGCGGCAAUGGCUGGUAUUCUAUAAAGCAAAUGAGUUGUCAUUGCAAGGUGGAGGCGUAAUAGAUGGAAGGGGAGAAGAGUGGUGGAAUCUGCCGUGCAAACCCCAUAAGGGACCCAAUGGAAGUACACUGCCUGGACCAUGUGACAGCCCAAUUGCCAUUAGAUUCUUCAUGAGCUCAAAUCUAACGGUGGAAGGAAUUUGGAUGAAGAAUAGUCCACAAUUUAAUUUCAGAUUUGAUAACUGCAAGAAUGUGCAUAUCGAAUCCCUACAUAUUACGGCUCCGGCCUGGAGUCCCAACACCGAUGGCAUUCACAUUGAGCAGACCAGCAAUGUUGAAAUCUAUGACUCACUCAUCUCUAAUGGUGAUGAUUGUGUAUCAAUAGGAGCAGGAUGUUACGAUGUGGAUAUUAGGAAUCUUACAUGUGGACCUGGAGGACAUGGAAUCAGCAUUGGGAGUUUAGGCAACCACAACUCGCAAGCAUGCGUAUCAAACCUAACAGUGAGGGACUCGGUGAUAAGGGAAUCGGAUAACGGAGUGAGGAUCAAGACAUGGCAAGGCGGAUUUGGAGCAGUAUCGGGAGUUUCCUUCCUUAACGUUCACAUGGACAACGUAAGGAAUCCCAUCAUAAUCGACCAAUUCUACUGCCUUUCAAAAGACUGCAGCAACCGCACCUCAGCAGUGUCCGUUUCGGACAUUGAGUACAGUGGCAUUAAAGGAACGUACGAUAUAAGAAGCCCGCCUAUGUAUUUUGCUUGUAGUGACACUAUCCCGUGCACUAACAUAACACUUUCGGACAUAGAACUUCUGCCUGCUCAAGGAGACUUAGUGUUGGAUCCAUUCUGUUGGAAUGUGUAUGGCGGACAAGAGACGCUUAAUAUUCCGCCUAUUUUCUGCUUGUUAGAGGGAACUCCUCCAGCAGUUUUUGAAAAUAACGACUUGGGUUAUUGUUCGUGAAAUUUGCACGGACAUUUUAUAUUGCCUGAUUGUGCGAUCCGUUUUUUCCUGUUUCUGUACAUAUCAGGUUAUAAUAGAUUGGUGGAUUUGAGAUGGGAAUCCAAAACAUCGAUCUGUAUAAUGUAAUUUAGAUCAGAUGGGGAGCUUAUUGUUUACAUGUUUCCCAUGAGGUUUACUUUAGGUUUUCAAUUCAGUACCCGAUGCAAUACUUUUGUGCCUUCUGUGCUUA